UUAUCUAUAAAUAUCUCAAAGUUUAUCAUCCUUAAAAUAUAACUUUCAUAUUCUACAUAGCUCAUUAAAACCUCUUUCAUAAAAUUUUCUUUUCUUUUCUAUCAAUGGCAGAAGAAAAACCACAAGGAACUAUUCCUCCCCUGAAACAGCCGAGUGCUGCAAAAACAAGUUGGCCUGAACUAGUUGGUGUGACAGCAGAUGAAGCUGAGAAGAAGAUUAAGGAAGAGAUGCCUGAGGCUGAAAUUGAAGUGUUGCCUGCUGAUAGUGAUGUUUCUUUUGAUUACAUAUUUCAGAGAGUUCGAAUAUUUGUGGAUGAAUCUAAUAAAGUCAUUGAGACUCCAACCAUUGGCUAAUCCAUCAGCCUAAUGUAAUUUAGAGGAGAUUUUGCUAUGAAGCUAGUGAUGUAGUUUGAAGAAUAAAUUUAGUUUCUUUUCCAUGUAUUGUUUUCCCUCAAUAAUCUAUCUCCUUCAAAAUUA